CAUCCUUGACAUUUUCCUUGUCAUCGAUGAAUAUCCGGUGGGUGGGACGACCGGACAUCUGUGUGAGUAAAGGAGUGGAUCCAGUGUGAAAGAAUUAUGUUUUAACGGAUUAUACACGCGAAUUAAGUUAACGGCUCUUCACAGACUAAACAUACGUCGUCUCUUGUCUGGAAACACUAAAGUCAUGGCAGCGAAUAAGAGUAAGAAUCAAAGUUCCCUGGUGCUUCACAAGGUCAUCAUGGUGGGCAGUGGAGGUGUUGGAAAAUCUGCGCUUACACUGCAGUUCAUGUAUGAUGAGUUUGUGGAAGACUAUGAACCCACCAAGGCUGAUAGUUAUAGAAAGAAGGUGGUCCUGGAUGGAGAAGAAGUACAGAUUGAUAUUUUGGAUACGGCGGGUCAGGAGGACUACGCUGCCAUCAGAGAUAACUACUUCCGCAGUGGAGAAGGUUUUCUUCUGGUUUUCUCCAUCACAGAGCACGAGUCCUUCAGCGCUACCUCAGAAUUCAGAGAGCAGAUCUUAAGGGUGAAAGCAGAAGAGGAUAUAGUCCCUCUGUUAGUGGUGGGAAAUAAAUCUGAUUUGGAGGACAGACGUCAGGUUUCUGCAGACGAGGCUCGAGCUAAAGCAGAUGAGUGGUCUGUACAGUAUGUGGAAACAUCGGCAAAAACUCGAGCAAAUGUGGACAAGGUGUUUUUUGAUCUGAUGAGGGAGGUGCGUGCAAAAAAGAUGUCUGAGAACAAAGAGAAGAACGGAAAGAAAAGUGGCAAAAAGAAGAAGAGUCUGAAGGAGAGAUGUGUGCUUCUCUAAGUCACACAAACGCUUGAUUCCCACAUCAAGCUGACUGGACUGAGCCGAUCUAAUGGACCACAAGGAGACCAGUUUCUCCCCUCCGUCAUUUUUGUUGCCAAAUAAAAUCAAAGCACAUGUUGUUGGUGUCAUUAGCCACCUGCAGACGUCUUCAACACCUUCUCAAUGUCUCUCAGGUCUUCCAAGGUGCCAUGAGAUGAAAUCAUUAAUGUAACUCUAAUCAACCUGGAAUAUGGAGGAUAUAAGUUUUAAUGCAUCAGUCUGUAUAACAUUUCUAAUGUCAGGUUAUCACAUCAGUUAUUGUUUGAACCGGUACCAGCCCAUAAGCACAAGGAAUGUUUAUUCUUCAUUCAUGAAACACAAACUAAAUGGAUUAAUCACUCAUAAAUUUGUUCAAAUGUAAUUGCAUUAAAUGCAACAAUUUACUUAAGAAAGUUUUGACUAACAAUCAGUACAGAAAAUCUUUUUUCACUAGUGAUAAAGUAAUCUACACAUUUGCUUUUUAUAUCAAAUACUCUAAUAUAUACACAAAAUAUAUUUUGUGUUGUUUUGAAGCAUUAUUGUGCUUUAAUAUGUGAAGAUAACAUUGUCUCUUCAGGAAUCACAGAAGUCACUGCGUAAAAUGUGCCACUUUUAUUACAAAACACACACGAUUCAAAAGAUUUUAUUUUUGUUAUCAAAUCACCUUUCUAUGUGUCUGUUUCACUUCUGUCUGGUGGUUAUUUUACUAAAUAAACCUUGAAUUUGUUAUAAA